UAUGUGCGUGGUGUGCACUGAGCUGUUGGCUUGGUGCUGCCAGAGAAAGAGCAGCAGCCCCAGCAGGCAGGCGGCAGAGGCGGCUGCAGCAGCAGCCAGAGCCAGCCAUCCAGGGGAGCUGCCUGCUGCGGACAAUGCCCAGCAGCCCUGGGGAGCCUCCGCACCACUGCUCAGGCACUGACAGCACUGCACGUGCGCCAGCAGCCGCAAUGACAGCAGCUGCAGGGGCAGCCGGGCAGCCACCGGCGGCGGCGGCAGCAGCGGAGUGACAGGAUCGCCCCUGCAAGAUGAACGCCUCACUGGACAGCAACCGCAGCAGCAGGCCCUUUUGCCUCCUGGCUGCCGGCUACCCAGAGACCCUGGACUUCUGCCUCCUGGAGGUGAUUAUCAUCGUCUUCCUCACCGUCCUCAUCAUUUCGGGCAACAUCGUUGUCAUCUUUGUCUUCCACUGCGCUCCACUGCUCAACCACCACACCACCAGCUACUUCAUCCAGACCAUGGCCUAUGCUGACCUCUUGGUGGGUGUGAGCUGUCUGGUGCCUUCUUUGUCUCUGCUGCACUACCGCAUUGCCUUCCUGGACGAGUCCCUGGUUUGCAAGGUCUUUGGCUAUGUGGUUUCUGUGCUCAAGAGCGUCUCCAUGACCUCUCUGGCUUGCAUCAGCGUCGACAGGUAUAUUGCCAUUACAAAGCCGCUGACUUACAACACGCUAGUCACCCCCUGGCGGCUCCGGGUGUGUAUCCUGCUCAUCUGGUUGUACUCAGGUGCCGUGUUCCUGCCUGCCUUCUUCCAUUGGGGGAAGCCUGGGUACCACGGGGAUGUCUUUGAGUGGUGUGCCAACUUCUGGAAGACCGAUGCUUAUUUCACCCUUUUUAUUGUUGUCAUGCUCUAUGCGCCAGCUGCCUUCAUGGUCUGUUUCACAUACUUCAGUAUCUUCCGCAUCUGCCAGCAGCACACCAAGGAGAUCAACGAGAGGAGAGUCCGGUUCAGCUCUCAGGAUGGGGAGACGGCUGAGGCCCAGCCUUGCCCAGACAAGCGCUACGCCAUGGUUCUCCUGCGCAUUACCAGUGUCUUCUACAUCCUCUGGCUUCCCUACAUCAUUUAUUUUCUCUUGGAAAGCUCAGACGUGUACCGCAACCGCGUGGCCUCCUUCUUGACCACUUGGCUUGCCAUCAGCAACAGCUUUUGCAACUGUGUCAUCUACAGUCUGUCCAACAGUGUCUUUCAGAAAGGGUUAAAGCGCCUGUCUGGCGUAGUUUGCACCUCUUGCACCAGGCACCGGGCCUCAAAGGAUUCUUCUGCAUCAAGGAGCAAAAGACCUUCCAAUGGUUGUCAUGUCUAAAACAGGGAUUGCUCUGAUUGCAAAAUUAACUUAAAGAUGUCCAGGUUUGCAAAAAACCCCAAACCCAUAACUAAAACACACGCACACAACUUUCUCUGAGAAAUGCUGCUGAUGUAACAGAAUCAGGAGUUUCCACAAGCAUGUGCUGUCUGUUUGAUGUUUCACUUUAAAAAUGUCCUCAUGGUGGGCAGCAGAUGGGUAUAGUGACCCAGAGUGCAGUUUUAAGAAUCAAAUUCUCUUUCUCUUCCUCUUCCCCACCUGGAGUUACUGACAAUGGUGGGCGUGUGAGAGUGAUGGCAAAAAAGACACACUUGUGUUCUUCCUUACAGCUUCAUUAGGGUGUUUGGAGAUCUGUGCUUUGUGUGUAAGUGUGAGGAUGUUAAUGGUUCAGUGCUGUAUUCCCUGAUAUUUUUUGCUUGUUUGUGCACAUACCAAAGUAUAUUUCAGAAUCAAGACAAGGGAUCAAACGUUGUGCUCCCUUCUCUUCCUGACUCCAUUUUUUCUUCAGGCCUGUCGCAAAUAAUGUGAACACUUGAACAUUUGAUUUCAGUGUGCAACAAGCCAAUGAUGUGACCAUGUGAUCAACUUCCUUUACCCCAGUGUGCUUUUAAAAAAAAAAAUUAAACUAAACAGUUGCUGUGGUCCCCAGUGCCCUGUUUGCUGUUAGGAUGCUCAUUUGUGAGUCAGAGUACAGUAUUUGCAUCUUUUUAAAAGAAUUGUUUGUGUAGUAACAGGAUAACUUUGGUGCAGACCAAAUCUAGCAGUUGAAUAAAGUAUUUUUUUUUAUAAG